AUGGAGAAGACGAUGCUGCGUUCAAUCUACAGUUUUUCUCUUAUUCUGAUGCCUCUGCUACUCAUUCAAUCACAACCUAUUCAGGGUAAUGACAGCGAUGCUGCAAGACAUCUUAGAGAAGAGCAGCCUGAAGUUCAUUGUUCAAGAGAGAGGAGCAGAGCAGCCUGGAAAAUAAUCGAGGAGUAUCUCAUGCCUUUUGUGGAGAAAGAAAAGUAUCAACUUUCAAGCCAAUGCAGACUUCAUCCGAGCAAUGAUAUAUUUAGAGAACAAGAAGAACACAAGAUUCAUGUAGACGUAAAUGAAUGGAGAUGUGGGUAUUGUAAAAAAACCUUUCGAGCAGAAAAGUUUCUUGAUCAGCAUUUCGACAACAGGCACUACAAUCUUCUCAAUGUUAGUCAUGGGAAGUGCUUAGCAGAUUUUUGUGGAGCCUUGCAUUGUGAUUUUGUGAUUAAUUCUCAAUCUCAUAAAACUAAGUGCAAUCCUGCUGCGGCUGCAAGAAAUCGUCAUUUAUGCGAGAAUGUAGCUGAUAGCUGUUUUCCUGUUAAGGAUGGUCCCUCAGUGACUCGCCUUCACGAGUUCUUUUUGCGCCAAUUUUGUGAUGCUCACACUUGCUCGAAAGGGCAAAAACCUUUCGCAAGGGGAGGCAGGAAGCAUACAAGUAUCUUCUACCUGGCGACAUCUGUACUGGUUUUGAUGUUCCUUCCUAUAUUCUACUUGAUUGUGUACUUGUACCAAAGGGAAUCGAGAAGAGGGACAACACAACUUAAGCGCAUUUCAAAAGCUGGAAGAAAAUCAAAGCCUUCUUAA